AUGGAGUAUCCUGCCCCUAGCCGGGAGCAGGUGUCAAAUGCCAAACAUGCCAGUCUAUGCAGCAUUGCAUUAUCAAAGGAACAUGCUGUUAUUGAAGUCAUCGAUGAAGAUGUUCAUCUAGUUUAUGACCUCGGUAGUCGAAACAAGACACGCAUUGGCAAGAUGGUACUACAACCACAUGUUCGUUACCAAUUACCAGAUGGCGCUCGACUGCAGCUAGCAGAUGUUACGGCAGUAUACCAGAGGCUUCCCGUUAAUCUAGAAGUGGACGAUGGGAGUAACUCUGAAACAGGGUCAGAAUCCAUGCUCAGUCUUAUCAAUAUGGUAGAUAAAGAGGAAUCUUCACAAUUUAAUGUCUUAGAUGCAGUCAUUGUUCCAGAAACACCAGGUCCUUCAUGUACAAAGCCAAAAAAUGUUGUGAUUAUUCAGGAAUCUCCAAAUUCUGACAUGGAUAGUUCUUUUGGUAUGACUAAUACUUGUAAAACAAAUGUAUCGAGAAGAGACGAGUCCGCGGGAGUUUCGGUAACAGAGGACAAGGAUUUCAAGAACCAUUCAAAGGUAAAACAGGACACUAAUGAUGACAGUGUAUUCGAAGCUGAAACGCAGUGUGAUACUGACUGUCCAGAUAUGACAAAGUGUUCAGCAAAUACGUUACACAUGUCCAGUGUAUCUCAUAAUGACGAGGUUUGUGCAAGUGAAUCAGACCAAGAAGAAGAUGACUUAUUUGAGGCAGAAACACAGUGUGAAGAACCAUCUCUGAAAGUUCUACUUAAGUCAUCCAAUGCAAAUGAUUCAAAGGAUCGAAACUUAGCUCUCAGAAGUGAAACUGUAGAUGCAGUAGAUGAUGACAUUUAUGAAGCUGAAACACAGUGUGUACCAGGUGACAUUCCUAAUGAAAAAAUCGGAGUUAAUGUUGCAAGUAAAGGGAAGCUAGGUUCAAAAAUUGUUAACUCCCUGGAAGAAAGAAAGGUUAACAUCGGUACUGCCGAUCGGUUAUGUAAAACAGAUCGUUUUGUUCCUAAUGAUAUGGGUGAUUCACCUGAUGAACAUGGUGGUGAAAUUUAUGAUGCUCCUACACAAUACAUCUCAGGGAAUGGAGAAAGAACAUCUUUUAUGGGCAAAACAGAUACAUUUAGUGUCUGUAGUGAGCAAACUAAAGAAUGCAUGAGUUCUCAUGAAGGUACUGAUAUUAAAUUGUCUGUAGACAGAAAAGAAGACAUCACAGACUCAAGCACUUUAACAGAAAAGAAAGGUGUUGGUUCUGAAAAUAAAGUGGAUGAGGCGCCCUCAUCAAACAGAGAAGACCAGCAAAAAGAACAGACAGAUAGUGAUGGAAAUUCAAAGGUCGCAAAAGCAGCGCUUGACGCGAGUUUCAAUGAAGAUAGCUUUGACCAUUCUAUGUUGGAAGGGGAUGUUGACUUAUUUACUUAUGAAGGAACAUGUGUUAUUGACUCUAAAGAAGCAACGCUUGAAGUCAGUAAUACUACUAAAACAUUCAGCGAAGUACAUUCAGAAGGAAGCAAGAGUGAAUCAGUCAGCACAAAUUCUAAUGAUACCCACGCUAAUUUAGUAAUGUUGUCUAAAGAAUGUACAACCAAACCAUCAAAAUCUGAGAAAACUGUUUCAGGUUGUGGGACUUUUGAAAAAUGUACCUCAAGUAAUUCCAAAUUAGUUCAAAUUCAGAAUGAUGCAGGAGGGAAAGCAAGUGUACUUGAUGCCAAAGAACAAAGUGUUGUACCAUUGAUGAAGUCACUAAGGCCCACUAAUAAGGAAACUCCAAAACUGUCUAAUGGAUCAGGGGAUGAAACAGAUCCAGAUGAUAUUUUUGAGGUUAAAGCUGAAGCUGAUGUGUCACUAAAUAGAAAUAAGAAAGGUAGUACAAAGUCCUUCCAUCGUUCUUCAGUCGAAAGUAGUUCAGAUACUGUAACCACCAUCAGCAAGAUCAAGUCAAAACUCUCUGCACAACCAGGUAAAGAUUCUGGAGACGAGACGGAUCCAGAAGACAUAUUUGAAGCCAGAACUCAAAUUCAUGUACCUCCAGUUAAAAAUAGCAAAAUCGUCUCAAAACACUCUGAACCAUCUUCAAGUAAAAUCUCUCGUGAAACAUCUGUCUCUGUUAAUAGUAGUACACAGGUGAACAUUGAUUCUGGGAAUGCUGAAGAUCAAGACAGAAUUUGUGAAACACAAAAUCAAGUUGUAGAAUCACAGGAUGAGAAGAAUAGAAAAAUUACAAACCCUGAAGAUUCAUCAAAGCAAGACUCGUCCAAUCACACAGUGCCUCCAGAGAUCAUGACGGUAAUAAUGAUGAAGAUGAUAACAUUUAUGAAGCCGAGACCCAAAUUGCAGAAACUCCAAACAGAAGUAGCAAAAGCUUAA